AUGCCUUGUCGUUCCUUCCUUCCUGACCUGCGCGAGUUUGUUGGCUUGAUAACUGCAAAAGCUUACGUUAGACCAGGAGACAAGUACAAUUUGGCGCUUUCCAAGAACAGAGAAUGGGCCUCCAGGAUUGCUUCCGAGAAGCCUGACCUUUGCGCAACUCUUGCCAAAGGCCAAUCUCCCGAGAUACUAUGGCUUGGAUGUUCCGAUUCAAGAUGCCCUGAGACCACUAUUCUCGACAUGGAGCCAGGUGACGUGUUCGUGCACCGGAACAUCGCCAAUAUAGUCCAUCCUACAGAUUUGAGCAUCAACGCCGUUAUCGACUACGCCGUGGAUCACCUCAAGGUCAAGCACGUGGUGCUCUGUGGACACACCAGCUGCGGUGGUGUUGCCGCCGCUCUGGGAAACACUAGGCUUGGGCUGAUCGAUAAGUGGCUUAUGCCGCUAAGAACUUUGAGGAAGGACAAUAUCAAAUUGCUGGAGUCGCUACCGGACAAGGAGGCAGCGCUUAAGCUCGUCGAGUUGAAUGUCCAGAACGGUGUCAAGGCUCUAAAGGAGAACCACACCAUCCUUGACGCUAUCGGAGAUAGAGGUCUUCAGGUUCAUGGUGUCAUCUACGAUAUUGCAAAAGGAGAGCUCCAUGAGGUGGACAUCGAGGAAGAUGAGGAAACCUCUACAAUCAGGCAGAAGGCCUUCAAGGUAUCGGCUGCGACCAAGUAG